AUGACUUCAAUUGUUCUCGUCACUGGUGCCACUGGCCUUCUCGGUCGCCAGGUCUUCAACAUCUUCCAGCGCUCCGGAGUUCUAGUGGUAGGACAAGGAUACUCGAGAGCUGCUCCCCCCACUAUCCUGAAAGCGGACCUAGCAAAGUCGGAGGAGGUCAAGAACCUCCUGGAUGAGGUGAAACCACAGAUCGUCGUGCAUUGCGCCGCAAACCGAUUCCCAGACCUAUGUGACAAAAACCCCGAUGAAGCCCGCAAGAUCAACGUCGACGCCACUCGCGUCCUAGCAGAAGAGUGCGCCUCCCGCGGCACAUUCCUAAUCUACAUUUCAACCGACUACGUCUUCCCCGGAACACAAGGAGAAAGCCCCUACGAAGUCGACUCCAAAACCAACCCGCCAAACCUCUACGGCACACUAAAGCGUGACGGCGAGAUCGCAGUGCUAGACGCAUUCAAAGACUCCGGUCUCGGCGUCGUCCUCCGCGUACCAGUGCUAUACGGAACGGCGAAAGCGAAUUCCGAAAGUGCGGUUAACACGCUCGUCGAUUCUGUGUUGAAAUGCCAAGAUCCAGCUGCAGGUGUGAAGAUGGAUGACUGGGCUCUGAGAUAUCCUACUAAUACUGAAGAUGUUGCGCGUAUUUGUCGGGAUAUAGUGAUUAAGUAUAUCAAGGAAAAGCAUCGGUUGAAGGAGUUGCCGCAUAUUCUGCAUUUUAGUUCCGAGGACCGGAUGACCAAGUAUCAGAUCUGUGAGAAGUUUGGGUCGAUUUUGGGAUAUCCGUUGGAUGGGAUGAUUGCGAAUAAGGAGGGCAACGAUCCGAACGCUAGUGUUCAGCGACCGUAUGAUACUCAUUUGUCGACUAAGGUGUUGAAGGAGUUGGGGAUUGAUGUGAGGACUGUUGAUUUUGAGGCUUGGUGGAAACGUGAGCUUGAGGCUUACCGGAAGUAG